GUGUGUGAGAGAGGUCAACGACUUCCCCCCCGCCGGCGCUCAACGAAACUGAACGCAAACGGUUGCACAUGGUGGGAUCGUGCGGUGACGGAGCGGUGCGUACGUGAUCAAGGACACAGGCGGGCCCUCAUCUCGCACCUAUUGUUUCCCGCGGUGGCGAGUUUUCCGCGGAUACGACCCCGCUGCGACACGGUGUUUUUAGGAAAAAGCGCCCACUUUUGUUCCCGUUUUCCCUUCUUGGCUGACACGUGUUUCGUUAUUUUCCUGCACGGAAUAUUUCCUCUUUAAUAUUUACGUUGCAAUAUUACAAUUAGUUGUAUUCAUGUUUUUAAUUCUUGUUUUAUUUUUUUCUCUGACCUUCAAAUUUUAAUUUAUUUUGUUGUUUUCUUGUUUAUUCCCGUAGCGUUGUCGCUUUUCGCAGCUGUGUUCACGGUCAUUCUCCGCUUCUCCGCGAGAUGGUGUGUUGCUGUCUGUCGGCCAAGAUUGAGGACGGAUAAAGUGUGAAAAUGUGAAAUCGUAUCGCUCAUUCCGCCUCGUACUUCGUCCUUGCGGAAGGAUUUCGGGAAUGUGUGUGUUUAUGUGACUGGUUCGAAACUUCUCCCGGAUGUGUGUUGGUCAAAUGCUCCAGAGUUCAGUGCUGCCUCGUCUGGGAUAUUUAAUUUCCUAUGCGAAGAAUUCGACUUGAACACAUCUUAAAAAUGAAUUAUGACCCUUACAAGCAGCCCGUGUGACUUGGACACGAUGAGCCUGUUCCAAGACCUCAAGUUGAAGCGACGAAAGGUUGACUCCAGAUGUAGCAGUGACGGCGAGAGCGUGGCUGAAACCAGCACAUCGUCUCCCGACAUGGCGGGGCCCGUGUCCCCGUGCACCAAGAGCGUGAGGUCGUCGCCCAGCCCUGCGCACCGCGACAGGACGUCGCCGGACUCGAUGCUGGCGGAGGCGGCGGCCCGCAGGGAGGAGGAGGCGGCGGCGAGGGCGGCCACCCCCCACCAGCAGCCGCCCCACGAGGCGGCGGAGCAGAGGCUGCUGCUCAGCCCGCCGGCCGUCUUCUACGACCUGCCCUCCAGGUGCAAAGCGUCGCCGCCUCCCACGCCGCUGUGUGAGGCGAGGACGGCCGACGCACCGGCGGCGGAAGGAGAAGGCGGCGAAACGCGAGGCGUCGGCCCGCAGGUGAAGGAAGGCGGCAACAGCGUGUUCGACGGCGGUGGCGGCGGCGGCCCUGCGAGGCAGUGGCACGGCCACAUCAUGGUGGCCUCGCACCAGCAGCAGCAGCAGCUUCAGCUUCAGCAGCAGCAGCAGCAGAUACGGCAGCAGCAGCUACAGCAGCAGCAGCUGAGGCCGAACGUGGUGGUGAGCCGGCACGACGUGGCCAGCCCGGCGCCGCAGCACCGCCCCGGGGUCGUGGUCUCCAGCCCCUCCUCCAUGGUGCCGCCGCCCACCUUCUGGGUGCCGUCCCAGGCCAGCCCCGCCGCCGCCGCAGCCGCCGCCGCCGCCGCCGCCUGCCGCAUCAACGGCGUGCGGCCCGAGCUGAUCGGCGGGGGAGGCGUGCCCCUGUCGCACCACCACUACCAGUACCACCACCAGCAGCAGCACGGCGAGAUGAAGGCCCCCGCCGCGCCCUCGCCGGCGGUGGUGCGCACCACUCCCACCGUCAUCAUGGGCGAGGCGGGCGGCGUGCGCACCAUGAUCUGGUCGCACCCCGCCCCCGAGCAGCAGCAGCAGCAGCAGCAGCAGAUGGCGUCCACGUCCGCCGCUGCCUGGUCCACGUCCUCCUCGUCGACGUCGAGCGGCGAGGAGACGGCGGCGCAUCUGCUGCUGAGCCUGGGACAGGAGCAGCCGCCCCCGCUGCAGCGCCCCGCCCCCGCGCAGCCGCCCCUCAACAUGGAGCGGCUGUGGGCGGGCGAUCUGACGCAGCUGCCCGCGUCGCAGCAGGUCCACGCGCUCAACCUCACCGCCGCGGCGCCGUGGCAGCACCGCAACGGGGGCGGCGGCGCGGGGGCGGCAGAGGCGGCGGCCGUCGUGAAGCCGCCGCCCCCCGAGGAGCAGGAGGACGACGAGCAGCCCAUGAUCUGCAUGAUCUGCGAGGACAAGGCGACGGGCCUGCACUACGGCAUCAUCACGUGCGAGGGAUGUAAAGGUUUCUUCAAACGCACAGUUCAGAACAGGAGAGUGUACACGUGCGUCGCAGACGGCAACUGUGAGAUAACUAAAGCCCAACGAAAUAGAUGCCAGUACUGUCGCUUCAAGAAGUGCAUAGAGCAAGGCAUGGUACUUCAAGCUGUCAGAGAAGACAGGAUGCCAGGAGGGCGUAACUCCGGUGCCGUCUACAACCUAUACAAGGUGAAGUACAAGAAACACAAAAAGAGUCCAAAAAACGGGCAAGUGAAGGGCGGCUUGGAGAAGCACCCCCAGCACCAGUCGCCCUCUCAGCAGAAGGGUGCGGUGAUGAUGAUGGAGCACAACAUCCCCCCGCACAUCGUCAACGGGAUCAUCCUGAAGACUGCGCUCACCAACCCCAGCGAGGUGAUCCACUUGCGGCAGAGGCUAGACAACACCGUGAGCUCGUCGCGGGAUCGGACGUUCCCCAUCGACUCCACGUUGGGGAUGAUUCAAACGCUGAUCGAGUGUGACGAGUUCCAGGACAUAGCCACACUGCGGAAUCUGGACGAACUUCUUGACCAUAAGUCUGAUCUCUCGGAGAAGCUUUGCCAGAUCGGCGACUCCAUAGUUUACAAGCUGGUGCAGUGGACGAAACGACUGCCCUUCUACCUGGAACUUCCUGUCGAGGUCCACACGAGGCUGCUCACCCACAAGUGGCACGAGCUGCUGGUGCUGACGACGUCGGCGUACCAGGCCAUCCACGGCGCCCACAAGCUGGGCAGCACCGGCUCGGACGGCUCGGAGGCCGACUUCCCCCAGGAGGUUUCAAACAACCUAUGUACGCUGCAAACCUGCCUCACCUCGAUGAUGGGUCGGCCAAUCACGAUGGAUCAGCUACGACAGGACGUCGGUCUCAUGGUCGAGAAAAUCACUCACGUCACACUUAUGUUGAGGAGGAUGAAACUGAACAUGGAGGAGUACGUCUGUCUGAAGGUCAUCACCAUGCUGAACCAAGCUCGAGGGGCAUCCGUGGAGCUGGAAACCAUCCAGGAUCGCUACAUGACUUGUUUGCGAGGCUUUGUGGAGCACAACUUCCCGCAGCAGCCCACCCGUUUCCACGACUUGCUAGUCCGAUUACCUGAGGUCCAGUCCGCGGCCGCCCUGCUUCUGGAGAGCAAGAUGUUCUACGUUCCGUUCCUGCUGAACUCGGCCAUUCAGAGGUAGUACAGUGACUGCUCGGGUAGCGACUUCUACCGCGCCGGCGAGUGGACCGUGGCGGCUGCGUGCGGCACGGUGGUGUCGUGGCCUUGCGGCCGCAGAGCGGUCCAGGAGAGCGACUGCAGGGUUGCCACCUGUUGUGUUCACUGGUUUCACAGCAGCAGUGCAGUCGGUGAUCCGUUAGAGACUUCGUACUCCGAAUCUGAAAAGAGGAUACAGAAUGGUGGUUUUCUUUUUUUUCUCGUGUCAAGAGAGUUCAACAAGUCUGCAAAAACAAAUCCUUAUGAUAAGUAUUUUUUUUAUUAUUUUUUAAGUAUUUUCUACCGAAAAAAAUAUUGAAGAGUUACCAUUGCCUACUACACUAAGCUAGGGCAGUUCCAUGAAAUUGCGUGUAGAAAAAGUGACUUCAUAUAGUUCAUACAUAGCCAUCAUUUUUUCUGGUUGUAAUUCGUGAACAUUAUUUUGAAGAUUUACUUAAUGAUUUUCAUUAUUUUGGAAGAGUACUUUGUAUCUGUGCCUCCGAGACAAUUACAGUCUCUGUUGAUAUAUUAGUGUGUUACGGUUGGGCUGAACGAGAUGGGAUGGAAUGGAGCACAGUGUUCAAAUUCCUAUGAAGCUGUUACCAUGUAAUAUUUGCAACCAAAGUAUCCUUUUAACUGCCUUAAAUAAAAAAAAAUCAAGUUACCAGAAUAUGUGAUUUUUUCUUCCCAUUUAUUAAGUCAAAGCAUUUAAAAAUAACAGAAGUGUUUUUUUUUUAUUCUGCUUGAAUUGUUUUUACAUGUGACGAGCACAUCACAAAGAAGAUAUUGAAAAAUUUGCACCCCUUUGUUGGAAUAGAGCAGUGCGGUUGUGAAGUGUAGCUGCGUGUAUCGAAUGCUCGCUCACCGAAAUAAUUUUUCCAACUUAAUCACUUCAAUGAGUUACCAGUGUUGAAUACCACAUACGUGUUGGUUUUAAACAAUGUUCCUUUUUUGUUUAUGAGUAAUCAUUUUUAAUUUUUCAAGUGGCAUAUUUGUGUUUAAAACAAUGUUACCUAGUUUACAGACACAAAGCUAAGAGAAAUUCUUCCAAGUCAAGUAGCAGCAAGAAGAAAAAGUUUCAAGACAUUAAAAGUUAAAAAGGGAUGAACCCUUUGAUGCAUCGGUAUUAGAAUGUUUGUGAACAUGUUCAUGGUGAAGAAAAAAAAAAAGGAAGUACAAAGAAAAAAUAUUUUCUGAUGAGAUACAGAUAAAGUUCUGUUUUUGUCCAAAAAUAUUAAACUAAUGAUAAAUAUUUUUUUGUACAUUGUACAUUUUCAGUAUUGUGUAAACUAUCUUUUAGGGUUGUUUUUAUUUGCCUGAUGUUUUUACAUUAAUGAUUUUGAAUUGCAUUUCAUUAAAACACAUUAUAAAAGUUAAAUACCUGUUGAAUAAUGUUUCAAAACAGAAAAGUCAAUAUAGGUACUCCACAGAUUUUAUAAAAGUUUAGAUUUGGAAAAAAAUAAUAAUAGCAGAUUAUAGUAUGCUGAAGAGCAUUUUCUCAGUUGCUGGAUAAUUAAGCACUGCUUUGAGAGCACAUGUUGUAUUUAGAGUUUUAUAAGAAUUAUAGUGAUUGCUUGCCGGAACAAGCUGAUGGUGGAGCAUUUAAAAAAAAGUAAUGGUUAUGGUGCUAGGUUUCAUAAGAAAACAGUAAUCACUGCAUAAAGAAGUCCACAAAUGACUAUAAAAGUUUGAAAAUAACAAUUUUUGAAGGUAAAUUUAUAAAGUUAUCUGUAGCACAGUAUAAUUGUACAUUUUGCAAAAAAAAAUAAAUAAUUGAAAGAAAUAUUGUGGAGCUAUUAUUAGCUCACCAUGUUGCCUUGUGUUCUUAUUUAAAAAAAAAACAUAACAGUGUAAAACUGGAUGUGUUAGUUGUUCAAAACAAUGCAUAAAAUAUUUGCAAAGACUGCUGGCCUGUCUGUCUGUUAAGAGAAUGUCCGGCACAUUAAAACAUUGCGAGCAUCCCUCGAGCAACCAUGUUCUUCAAGUUUAAGAGCUAAACUAUUUCUUGAGUUAACUUUUUGUACAAGUGUUGUUUAUUCACAGUUAAGUGUUUGUGUGGAUAUAAAAUGCCAAUAUGGAAGUAAAUGAGGUAGAUAAGUAACACGCAGUACACCGAUUCAUUUGUUCGAAACAAAGAAACAUAAACGCAUAUUAUGAAUUUUACAAAUGAUUUGUAUUAUUUAAACAAUUGGAGAUAAAUUUUUUAAAUAAUCUACCAAAACAAUUAAAUUUUCCACAUGUAUAUACUGUUUACACUGUUCAUAAACAUAUUUAUUUAUGAAAAAAAUUUUUGACUGCAUCUAUCACAGUUUAAAACAGCACUCUUGCUUACUGAACCAAUAUUAGCACUUUAAACCAUGUAAGUAUUUAACUGUGUGUGUGUUUCUUUGAAGUUAAUAUUGCAUAUUUUAAAGUAUUUUAUGGCUGUGAAUCUAAUGUUAAUUUGAAUCUUCAAAAGUAUCAUUAACAUUACGCAUGUACUUUUCAAGAUUUUCUGUGUAAAUUAAGAAUAAACUUUUAUAUGAUUCUGCUCAAUAAUAAAUAUAUUGUGUGGUUGAAAAGAGUAUAAAUUAUAUUGUGUCGAUAAAUUUAUCCUUGCUGUUGUAAAUUUUUAUAUUUUCUUAAAUGAAUGAGCAUAAUUACAGCACUGGACAUUAUCAACUCUCAUAUCUCAACUAAAAGUCAAGAGAGCUUCUUGCUUAGUAUUUGGAAAGUUUUCUGCGAAUUAACCACUGGCAACAUACAGUGUGUUUGUUCAUAUCUUUCGACGCAGAUGAUAUUGAUAAGUGAAGCAUAAAUUAAUAAAUCUUCCAUCUUUUGACCACCAAACUACUGUAUACAAUUAAUUUAUAUUUAGCAUUAAAAUAAAAUUAGGUUAAACAUACCUUAUGCAAGCACUAAGAUAAUUUUUAUUCAGAAUUUAUUGUAUGCAAGCCAAGAUUAUUAUAUACUGAAAAUACUUUCUCCUAAUUUAUUAGGCAAUCGAUCAAACCUUUACAGUUGUCAAUUAUGAUCACUGCUAUGAAAACAUGAUGCUCUGUUGACGAUCAACAAAAUAAUGAAUAACUUAGAAACAAGUUGUUAAUGUCCAGUGACAGUUUGCCCUUCUAACUCUGUGUGUUUUUGUGUAAUAUGUAUCUGUCUCUGUAUGUGACAAUGCUGAUCAAUGCAACUGUAUUUAAAUAUUAAUUGAAAUAUUGCACUGCAUAUGUUGACUAUUUGUCUAAUUUUACUGAAAUAUUUUUUACUAAUACCUGCUUGAUGUGUGUGAAAAAUUUCCUGAUAUUUUACGAGUUGAAGAUUCUUAUGAAAGGAUUGUAGGGUUGUACAUAUGUAAGUAACAAAAAUGCUUUAUUUUUUGACUGUAUGCUGUAAUAUAAUGUUUGGUAUUGUCAAUAUGUAUAUAUUAUAUAUAUUAUGUAUAUUAACGGAAUAGAAAUGUUGUUUGUGGUAGGAUGAAGUACAUGGUUGCCCGAGAAAGAUGACAAUGCUACGAGAUGAAAUAUUUCCGGUACAUCUUAAGUGAGACUAUGUAUAGAAUACUGCCUGCCUUUUUUGGUUGUUAAGUUUUUAAUGUGUUUUUUUGUGUUAGAACUGCAGCCUGCUGAAUCUGCUGAUGACAAUCAUGCAGGUGGACCCAGCAGACUGCAGUUAGGGGUCUGAAGUAUAUCCUAGUGUAGUGAUGAACAGCAUAAUAAACUUCUUGUAAAGUCUACACACACUAUACCUUAUUUUUUGUACAAAAAUAAAAUAUCCUUACUUCCUCAAGUAAAGUUCGAACAGGUCUACUUUUUAAAGAACAUUGGCACACACUUUGGCUCUCGGCAAUCUUGUGUCUAAGAUCGCCUGAACUACUUCAGGUAAACAAGUUGAACUUUAGUGUGUGGUUACACAGUCAAAACAUGAUUUGUCAGAGGCCAUUUCUCAUUUAACCUGAACAGGUUGGCAAAGCAGUUCUCAACAAUCUCUUCUACAUAAGCCACUGAUUGACUGUUGAGUGUGUAGAGCUUAUAAUGAAACAUAGAGAAUGUCCCUGGCACUAAGUUGUGUAAUAUUUUACCAACUGCAACAUUUUCUGUGUUUGCAAAUGAUUUUUUGUUUAGAAUCCUUUUUUCGUCAGUUUCGUCGUUUUGUAUCGUAAAAUGACCAAUCAAAUAAAAACAAUGCUGAUUAAUUUUAAACAUAUGCUAGCAUUAACAUACAACAAAUUGGAAAAAGCCAAAUUUUUCUAGUUACAAAAUAAAUAGGAUCCACAACACAUUCAAUCAAUGAAGUAGUUCGGAGUUGACCGCACUUUAUACGAACUGCAGUGUAACUUUCGCAUUUGUAAACAUGUUUACCUGAAGUAGUUCGGCAUUUCAUGUGUAACAGUGCCCUAAACAGCAGCAGAGGACACUGGCAACAUAAGUAAAGAAGGUUGUAAUUUUAACUUUCUUUCUUUUAUAAGUUCAGUGUUAAAAUAAAAAAAACUAACAUUAUAAAAUACAUUUCAUAACUAGUACUUUUUUCUACAUUGUGUUGAAUCCAGCAACAUUCGUUUGUUGUCACCUCUCUACUUGUAAUGCCAAUACAUAUAGGCAAGCAUUUUUCGCGAAAAAAAUCUGAACGACAAUUACACUGCAACAAGCUAUACCCGUACCAGCAGUUUCUUCCUUGUGAUUGAUUGGCGGCCACCUGCAAGAAACUCCAUUGCCUUGUUUAACUCGGCCACUCAGGAUGCGUAUGCUUCUGCACUGAAUUACUGUGAUUGGUGUUGUAAUGGUAGACAUGUCCCUGAAAGAAACUCACCAAAUCGCGAAGGGCAGAACAAAAAUAAAAAGAAAAUGCAUGCCCCUACUAAUACAAUGUUUUAAGUUCUAUAAUAUGUUAAAGUAAAUUUUCUUCAGGUUUUUUCUAUUACUUUUAACAUAGCAUAUAAUUGGAUAUCCUGCC